AUGACGAACGGAUCUCUCAAGAAAACGACGGUUUUAGAUACAGAGAUCCUGCACCCGAGUCUGGCGAUCCGGACCAAGGAACCGCCUAACCCUGAGGCAUUGGGUCUGCAAGAGGAGUUACCGGGCUGGCAUGGGUAUCUGGAGUGGGAGAAGUAUCCCGAGAGGAAGAAGGAGAUCAAGGAGUAUAUGAAGAAGUUUGAUUUUCCGGGCGCGCCGGAAUUCCAGCUCGUGCCGCUGCCGAAGACGAACCCGAUUUUGGAGGGCGUGAGGUGGAAGCAGUAUCAUUAUGCUCUGGGAAAGGCGGCGAGGGAUAUCCCGGCUGAGAGCUGGUUGUUUGUUGAGAAGGAGAAGAGUCCGGAUAUGAUUCACGUCUUGCAAUUUCCGUACAAUGGGGAGCCGCCUAGAGAUCGUCUGGUAGCAACGUCGAUUACGAGGAACGAAGAUCAUUUUGUGAGGAACCAUGGCGGUAUCCCGGAGAUUGACGAAGAGAAGUAUUUCUUUGAUGUGGAGGGACUGGUUAAUAAUCCGAGGAGGAUCACGAUGAGGGAGUUGAAGGAUGAGACUCUAUUUCCGAGACAGAGUACGGUGGUCACGAUCCAGUGUUCGGGGACGAGGAGGAUCGAGCAGAUUCAUGAGUAUCCUGGGGAUGGAGACGAACUUAUCAAUGCACCUUGGGGAGAAGGAGCCAUCGGCACCGCUCGCUGGACGGGCGUCUCCCUCAAGAAAGUAAUCAAGUACUGCGGCGGCCUCAAAGACCCCUCCGCCGCAAACCACGUCGAGUUCCUCGGCGCAGACACCUACUUCAAGAAAGGCGAGGUCUACAACUACGCCGUGUCGGCCCCCUGGCGCAAAGUCAAGAUCAACGAGGUCCUGCUCGCCUGGGAGAUGAACGGUAAACCGCUCCCCAAGAUCCACGGGUUCCCGCUCCGCGUCGUCGUCUUUGGCUAUAUCGGCGCUCGAUCGUGUAAGUGGCUUACGAGGAUCAACGUCAUUGCCAACCCGUCGAUGGGUCCCGUGCAGCAGAAGGAGUAUUUGUAUUAUAAUUCUCAGGUUGGGAAGCAGAAUGCGAGUUAUUCAUCGGGUUUCAGUAUCCAGGAUAUGCCGGUUAGUUCAGCCAUCAUGAGCCCGCUGGAUAUGGACCAGGUGAUCCACGACGGCAAGAUCAAGAUGCGCGGGUGGGCGUACUCGGGUGGUGGGCAUUGGCCUGUGAGGGUGGAGGCUAGUGGGGAUGGGGGCAGUGUUUGGUAUGAAGUCCCGUAUCAGAAUUUGAGCGAGAAGUAUUUUCACGCGUGGAGGCUCUGGGAAAUUGAGUUGCCGGUUGAUGCGGAGGGGUGGUUGGAGCUGGUGGUUCGGUGUUGGGAUAAUGCGCUUAAUACUCAACCUACGUAUGUGAGGUCCGCUUGGAAUUGGGAUCUCCAUGUCACGUCUUCGUGUCAUCGGGUCAAGGUCUUUAGUAUCAAUAGGACGAGGCCGAAGACGGCGGCGAAGUUGAAGAUGUUUGAGAAGAUGGGGGUGCCGUUCUUGCCGAUUACUCAGCCGGGGGAGAUGGACCUUGAGGAUGAGGAGUCGUAUUUGAGGGAGAUGGAGGCGAGGGGUGGGAGGGAUCCUGUUGAGUGA